CGAAAGUGGUUUGUCACAAAUGGAUAAAUCUAUAUUAAGAUGGAAAUACCGCAGUAGUUAUGUUAUUGUGCUACUGUCCUGGUCGACUGGAUUGACCAAUGUAUUCCACAGUCCUAAAUUACUGCUCGAAAUAGGCAUUUUCAAUUACUUGCUAGUCCACGUCGUUGUAAUGGUAAUCGUAGGAAUACCAAUGACUCUUACUGAAUUAGCUGUUAGUCAGUAUUCGUUGAAGUCUGUGGUGCGGUGCUGGGACGUGUGCCCCUUUUUUAGAGGUGUGGGGUAUGGAAAAUUUAUAUUAAUUGCCAUUUUUCAUGUUUAUUACAACUCAUUGAACAGCUACUUGCUCAGUUACUGCUUUGCUCCAUUACCCAGUGAAGCAUCGAGGGUUGUAAAUGGUUCAAACAUCGAAGCAUUUUGGUACAAUGAAAUAAUUCAAAAUAAAGGCUUUCCCAAUUGGAAAUUGGUAGCAAGUUUAACCGCCCAUACUAUUUUGGAAUUUAUUAUCAACUUUAAUGGAACUAAACUAUUAGAAAAUAUAUUACCUUUGCUAUACUAUCUAUCAAUAUUUGAGCUUAUUGUAUUGCUAUGUGUAAUAGGUGCUUCACCCGGUGGUAUGGAGGGUGUUAAAUGCUUGUAUACUAAACAAAUAGAUUUUAAUUAUCUUCUAAUUUGGAAGAAAGAAGGAAUACUGCUACAAGUGUUCCAAAUGUAUUUAUAUUCUAUUGGACUAGCCUUGGGCGGAUUUUCGGAUAUUGCAGCUCAAGGGAGCUUCAGAAAUCCUUUGUACAAGAUUUCUGUUUGGGUAAAUUUAGCAAAUCUCGGAACUACUUUAGUGUAUGGAAACUUAUUUUCUAUGUUAAAUGGAAUUGUUCAACCUAAUACGACAAAAUGUAAAUCUGAAAUUGGUCCGGAAAAAGACUUUUCGUUUAUAUUCACUAAAAUACCCAAUGCUCUGAAUGGUGGAAUUUGGAAAUAUAUAUUUUAUUCAAGUCUAUAUCUAAAAGGCGUUUGUACUUCAUCAUUAAUGCUAAAAACGAUACUUGAUGUAAUAUACGAAGAAAAGCCCGAAUUAUUAUCUUAUUCGAGAUUGUGUUGCAUAGUAUUUAGUAUAUGUAAUUUUUUACUAGGUUCUCUAAUUUUUACAAAUUUAGGAUUCAUCAUAGGGCAAUUUAUAGUUGACGUUAUUAUCCAGAUUUUUCUUCCAUUAAUUGUAACAAUUCAAGCGGUCACAAUUGUUUUUAUAUAUGGUUUAUUCAGAUUUACCACUGAUUUGUAUUUUAUGCUAGGAGUGUACCCUACAAUUUACUGGCCUUUAUGUCUCACGCUCUCCGUAAUUGCUUUACCAAUUUUAAGUACCGUUAGCAUAAUUAAUUAUUUCAAAACUACUAAUUUAACCGAUUUCAAUUUAACGCUAUUUAAAGGAAUUGUUAGCGUCACGUUGGCUUGGAUUCCAUUCAUGGCUAUGGUGAGGGUAAUAAGAAAAGUUAAAUUCGAUUUGAUAUUCAGAAGUUCCCCGAAUUGGAACCCUCCCGAUGGUUUGGAGACAAGUAGAAAACAAUUCGAAGAGCAGCAUUGUGUCGAAGAAUUUUUGUACGAAAGGUACUUGUUGCAAAGGAAAUUAAAGCGUUACGAAUAGACUUAUUUUGAAUUCCUCACCUUCACCAUAACUGGUAUUUCUCCCAAAUCUUUGGUGAACGAUUGCUGUUGCACAUCGUCGAUGAACCAAUCUACUUCCACAAAGAAUCUGCCUUUGUAAGUAUUGGCGCUUUGUCUGCAAAAAGUCGGAUAGAUCGUCUUGUUUUUCACUAGGACCAUUUCUUGUGAGACCUCCGGUUUUUGAAAGGAAUAGUUGCUGAUCGAAAACUUUAUUCUGCGCUCGUUUAAAGUGAACUCCACCGAAUUGAGGUCUUUUAUAGCUUCGUCCAGUCCUUUGUUCACCAUAUAAUUAAAGCUAGACGUGUGCGGUUUCCCCAAAGACUGCAAUAACUGAAAAAUAGAGUUUAUUGAUAGAGAA